GCGCCGCUGGCAGAAAUAUGGUUGGGUGUGAAUUUCUGGUCGCUCGGUUUUGAGAUCGGGAGCCAAAAUGCUUCUCUCUCCGCGGGAGUGAGAAAUGACCAGGCUUUUAUCGCUGGCUCACAGAGUUGCUUUAGCCGCUGUGAGCUGCAGUCGUUGCCGUUGCGGGGGAUUCGGGAUGUUUUACGCGGUGAGGAGGGGCCGCAAGACCGGGGUUUUUCUUACGUGGGGUGAAUGUAGAGCACAGGUGGACCGUUUUCCUGCUGCCAGAUUUAAGAAGUUUGCCACUGAAGAUGAUGCUUGGGCCUUUGUCAGGAGCUCUGUGAGCCCUGAUGGUUCAGAAGGACAGAAAAAUAAACUUGUACCAGAAUCACAAGUGAAAGCAAAAAGGCGACCGCGUGAGUCAUUGGAUGUAGCCGAAGAUGAAAAUGAAGAACCAUAUGCAAAGCAUGUAAAACAAAAUACAGAAUCAAUACCUUUGGUUGGCAAAGACAAAUUUUCUUACAUGGGAGACUUUGUAGUUGUUUACACUGAUGGCUGCUGCUCCAGUAAUGGACGGAGGAGGGCACGAGCAGGAAUUGGUGUUUAUUGGGGACCAGGCCAUCCUUUAAAUGUAGGAAUUAGACUUCCUGGACGACAAACGAACCAAAGAGCAGAAAUUCAUGCAGCCUGCAAAGCCAUUGAACAAGCAAAGGCUCAAAACAUCAAUAAGUUGGUUCUAUAUACAGAUAGUAUGUUUACUAUAAAUGGUAUAACUAAUUGGGUUCAAGGUUGGAAGAACAAUGGAUGGAGAACAAGCACAGGGAAAGAGGUGAUCAACAAAGAGGACUUUGUUGAGCUGGAGAGACUUACCCAGGACAUGGAUAUUCAGUGGGUGCAUGUUCCUGGUCAUUCGGGAUUUACAGGCAAUGAAGAAGCUGAUAGAUUAGCAAGAGAAGGAGCUAAACAAUCUGAAGACUGAAAGAAGUAAUUUUAAUACUUGGGAACACUUGAGUCAGUGGCUGUUUGACAUUUACUUAAUGGUAUGAAAAAUAAAACUAUGGGAUAAAGUAAAGCAAUAGAUGUGGCUGGCAGAAUUUUAUAUUUAAUCACAAAGAGAGUAUGGCAUUCUGUAAAAUAAAUACAGUUUGAUGAAAAGUGGA